AUGCAAAUUCGCACGGAUCGAGGAAAGAAGUUGAAAGACCGGACGAAGAUGGACCUGGACUUGGAAUGCGAGAUGACGAUCAAGUUGCACACCGCAAGUCAUGGGGACAUCCGUGAGACUGUGGCUGGGUUGUGCCAGACGCGUGAUCGUUCGUUCAUCUCGGGUACAGCCGUUCAUGGCGAGGCGGGAGCAAAUUUCUACCAUUAG